AUAAAGUCAUCAUAUACACAGACGCAUGCGUAUUCUAUAUAGCCGAUUGCGGAUCUAUAUCUGUAGGUAGCUUUGUGUCCUUUUUGUGGCGUGUGUUCGGCACCUUGUUUUAUUUUAUUUCGAAGGGAGUUUCAGCAAUAAAAUAGACACCAUGGUGAAAAAGAAGUUGUUUGUUGGGAAUCUGCCCAAUAAUUACGACAGCCAAAAGUUAAGGGAUAGCUUUGAACAAUUUGGCACAGUUGCAGAGUGUGACGUCCUCAGGAAUUAUGGAUUUGUUCAUAUGGAAAAUGAAAUGGAGGCUGAAGCUGCUGUCAGGGGGCUGCACCAUACAAUGAUAGAUGACUGUCAGAUAAAUGUCCAGUAUUCUACAACUGAGGUACACAAGAACCCUGGUGUGGGGUCCAAGGGAGAGUGUUUCCGGUGUGGAAAAACAGGACAUUUCUCACGGGAAUGCCCCACAAAUGCUAAUGGAGGUGGCAGGCCUAGAGGUCGAGGAAGAGGGCGUGGUCGUGGCGGAGGAGGUGGUCGUGGUGAUAGUUACUCCAAUGGACGUGAUUUCUACCCUUCUCCAAUGCGUGAUGGGUAUUAUGAAUUUGACGACUACUACCGAAGACCUUUGCCCCCGCCGGGCUAUGGGUACAGAGAGAGAAGCCGUAGCCCUCCAAUGAGAAGACCAGUUACUCCCCCUGGGUAUCGAAGGCGAUAUUCCCCAACCAGAGAAUAUUAUGAUCGGUAUUAUGAGAGAAUUCCAUCUCGGGAUCCAUACUACAGUUAUGAAAGACGACUAUCCCCAGUUCCCACAAGCUACCGGAGACCCCCGCCACCUGAAGAUUUCAGACGACCACCGCCUGAAGAGUACCGACGUCCUGUAGAGGAGUUUCGUGAGCGCGCUCCAUUACCACGCGAUUUGGAGUACUACAGCCGCAUGGAAGGGAAGCGACCGGCAGCACGAACGUUUGAAGAGCGGGAGCUGAAUCGGAUGCCAGCUGAUAACAGUUCUCACUUUAUUCAGCAGUCAAACAUGGGACCUAUCAAUUUUGCCGAAGAUGUCAAUUUCUAGACGGUGUGUAAGGUGAUUGGACAAUGGAAAACUCAUCUUGUGUCAAAUUUGUUGCCAUAGCGAUUAUUUUAGCUGAAUUAAAGAACUCAAUUAUUCAGAGGGAAUAACCUGUUCUGGGAUAAUCUUAUCUUUACAUAUAUUUACAGUACAAAAAUAUAAAUCAUUCAUUUUUUAAAAUGUAAUUCUAAAAUAAUCAUAGAUAUUUGAUUAGUUUUGUACCUAGGGAAUUAACAAGUUAUGCUUAUUGAACAGUCAUAAAUAUUUAACCUGUUUCAAGUCAAAUUCUCCCUCCCCAGUUUUAGAUUGAUAUCUUGAAGUAAGAUUUUCCUUUUCGAGUCAUAAAUGUAAAUUUUCAUGAAUAGAUGGAUUUGUUGGUGAAUGUUGAAGCGAUUGCCAAUCUAAGAAUUGCUUGUAAAUAUUAAUAGGUGGAUAGAUUGAGUUGUUUGUUUGUGUAUUUCAUGUUGAGUUCUUGCGAAUCUUAAUUGGUUUUUAAGACUUAGCUUUGUAAUGAGUCAUUCAUAAUGUAGUGUUAAAAAAUUAAUUCUGUCAUCAUGACUUAUGAUGGAUAAAUAAAUAACAAAAGUACUCUAGAUAUAGAAGCUUACAGUAUCUUGCUUGAGAGUAAUCGUCUCCACCACCCUUCCCCUGCUUUUUAGUUCCCAUAAUUUUUAACCGAGGAUAGGCUGUAGAACAUAAAUUUUUGUUGUGGGAGUUUUUACUGUUAUUGUGAACAUGCAUUGCUUUUGUAUUAAAAGAUCACAAACCUGAAAAUUUCA